AGGCUACCAUCCCGCCAGGCGGACGUUCCGGACGGUGAAAGCGAGAAAGCGAACACGAGUUCAGCAAACGGGCAGGAAAGUUACACAAGCUUAUCGCGCAACUUAUCAACACCGAUAAUGCCGGACAUCAGGCCCCUGUCUGCCGCGCUGGCAAAGAAGGCCGCGGACGAGCUGUUCGAGAAGCCGGAGCGGUUGGAAGAGGAUCUGGCCGCGUUGCGCGCCUGGCUGGCCAAAAGCCCGCACAUUAAGUCGCGCACCGAUGACCAGUUCCUGACGAUGUUCCUGCGCGGCUCCAAGCACAGCCUCGAGCGGGCCAAGGAGAAGCUGGACAUGUACUACGCGGUCCGCACAGCCCUGCCCGAGUUGAUGAGGAAUCGUGAUCCGGAGGAUGUCAAGCUGAAGGAGUUGAUCCGUCUUGGCACCGCUGUGCCACUCCCCAAUACGGUUACGCCGGACGGUCCCCGGAUCAUACUCGUGCGGCCGGGAGUGUACGACCCGAGCAAGUAUACCAUCCAGGAGGUGUUCAAAUACAACACCAUGAUGGCCGAUAUUAUGAUGAAGGAGGAUGACAACCUGAUCAUCGCUGGGCAGAUGGGAAUUCUUGACCUCUCCAACUGCACCAUGGCACAUUUCCUCCAGUUCAGCCCGUCGUUCGUGAAGAAGGCCACCAUGUGGAGUCAGGAGGGAUCGCCACUGCGUCAGAAGGGAUUCCACUACGUCAACACACCGAGCGGUUUCGAGGUGGUGUACAAUAUGUUCAAGAAUUUCCUCAACGAAAAGAACCGGUCUCGGCUGUUCGUGCACGGAAGCAACCUGGAUUCGCUAUACGAGCACAUACCGAAGAAAAUGCUGCCAGCCGAGUAUGGCGGUGAUGCCGGUCCGGUUCAGGACAUCGUGGACGCUUGGGCGAAGAAGAUCCUGAGCUAUAAGCCGUACUUCCAGGAGGACGAACAGUACGGCACGGACGAGAAGAAGCGCCCGGGACGUCCGAAGAACGCGGACAAUCUGUUCGGGCUGGAAGGUUCGUUCCGGAAGCUGGAGGUGGAUUAGGGGUCGUAAACUCAAGGCGGCACAACAGGUGACAGGGUUACAAUGUGAAGGUUUCAAUAAAGUUCACCCGAGGGAAAGUUUAUCGGAG